CGCAAGAGAGAGUGAGAGGGGCUGCGAUUGAAAUGUAAAGCUGAUUCUGUCCCUGGUUGGUUUGGAUGCGGACUCGGGUCUGGAUCGGCGGUGCCCGUGAUCUCCACACACCACUGAGAGGGGCUUGAGAGCAAACGGCGGAGUGUGAGCCCUCUGAUUGAUUGCCUCCUCCACACCAGGAGGGACCACCACACACGUCCCUCUCCCUCCCUCCCUCCCUCUCCCCCCCUCUCCAGCCCAACAGCCGACCAGGCGAUCUCAACUUCCAGCUGUAAGCCGAGCCGGACUCAGCCUUGGAUCAAAAGUGCGUCUUUGUGGCCAAAAAGGAUAUCGCUUUUCAGACAGUUUCGCACAGAGAAGACGCACCGACACCACCGAGACGAGAGCCGCGACGUCGCUCUGUAUUUGUAGUCAGUACCUUUGCUGUCCGAGAGCAAAGUGAUCGGCGAUGAUGGCGACGAGGAACUCAGUUUGGAAAUACUAUUUGGGAGUUGUUUUCGUUAUAUGCGAAGCGGCGAUAUCGGACUGUGAAAUACUGGAACCUAUAUAUUGGAAUUCCUCAAAUUCUAAAUUCCUACCCAAUAAAGGCCUGGUAAUGUACCCACAGAUAGGAGACAAGAUGGAUAUAAUCUGUCCCAAGGUGGACUCUAGGAUCACAGGACAGUAUGAAUACUAUAAGCUCUACAUGGUAUCAAAAGAAGACGCUGACAACUGCAAUGCUGUUCCCAGCCCCUCACCAUUACUGAACUGCAACAAACCAGAUCAAGACGUCAUAUAUACCAUCAAGUUUCAGGAAUUCAGCCCCAACUUGUGGGGACUGGAGUUUCAAAAAAAUAAGGACUAUUUCAUUAUUUCAACAUCAAAUGGGUCUAAAGAAGGCCUGGAUAACCGUGAAGGAGGAGUAUGUCAAACCAAAGCCAUGAAACUUAUUGUGAAAGUUGGACAAGAUCCAAGUUAUGUGGGACCAAAAGAAACUACAACCAGAGCUCCUGGAAAAGAUCGGGAUGGCACCACAAACAAGCCCACCCAAAAGAACGUGAAUGAAGGUGGGACAAAGUCAAUGACUGUCAUCAAUAAACCCUCAUUGCCUCCGAACGAUUCAGGCGGGGGUAAGAUCUUCAGUAACGACGUGGCCUUGUUUACAGGCAUCGGAUCAGGCUGCGUAAUUUUCAUCAUAAUCAUCAUCAUGUUAGUGGUUCUUCUGCUGAAGUACAAGAGGCGGCACAGAAAGCACUCCCCGCAGCACACGGCCACCCUUUCCCUUAGCACACUGGCCACCCCCAAACGGGGCGGCAACAACAACGGCUCGGAGCCCAGUGACAUUAUCAUUCCGCUAAGGACUGCAGACAGCGCCUUCUGCCCGCAUUACGAGAAAGUCAGUGGAGACUAUGGACAUCCUGUCUAUAUAGUGCAAGAGAUGCCACCACAGAGCCCAGCGAACAUAUACUACAAAGUCUGAAUGGAGAAGACUGAGGCUAGUUUGAGAUACUGAAGAGAAUUCUUGGUCUGUUGCAUACUUGGGCCUUCUGCUGAAAUUAGUGGUGACUCUUUGUGCACCAGGAUUGACUUUGAAGCGUAGGAGAAUUAAGAACAAAAAAGCUGUGCAGAAAUUCAGCUGAAGAAAGGGCUGGUUAGCACGAAUGGUCUGUGUAGGAAUCUGCUGAAAGCAAAAUAACACGUAGCUGUAAGCAGAAGGACAGUUGAGUCAGGGACUCAACCAGACUAUUUCACCCUUUACUCUCACCAUUAAUUUCUGGACCAUAUGCUAAAAACAUACCAGGAAGCAAGAAGCAAAGAGAUGUUUGAACUAUCCGUCACUCUAUUUAUAGCCAGUACAGUUUCACGCUUCGGAUAUUCAGCAAUAGAAAAUAGUCAGUCUCCACUUUCCCUGAACUGUUAGCUUUUAUAUUGACUGGAUUUUAUAAAUCCACUUCUGUCUUUGCUCUUGUGCUGAUAAUUUUUUUCCCUGUUUCCCUCAAUUCUUUGUUACUUUUAUUUCUGUCACUAGUUCUACUGUUAACCUGAAGGCAACUCUUGCCUUCCAAAACCAUCACUGACACCUUUAGGAUCUUUGUAAAUGUGCCACGACAUUAACCAUAAUCAGAGAUCCUGGUCACUAUGGUUUGACUUCAUUCAGCAGCCACACAUUAAUUAGUCACACAGAAGUGACAGUCAUACCACAUGCACAGGGGGGAUCCUCCACCUAGAUGUUGAAUAGUCGCUAAUGAACAGGAGACCAGGAGUUCCCACAGAUUUAAAUGCAUUUGCAGUUGUUUGCUGCUGCCUUCUGAAUUAGCAAAGGAAGUCUACGGAUAUAGAUCAUUUAGGAGCACUUUCGUAUUGACCGUUCCAAGGUGCAGGGCUUGUAGACAUGGUGUUGAGCACAAUGCUGUAGGGGUGCACUUUAGAUGAAUUAUUCCGAGCAAAACUGAGUUAAAAUCAAAAAAAGGCCCACCUUCCGCAUGGUGCUUUACUAAUGUAUUAAAGGGAGGGGUACACACUAGUGGCAGAUGACUACAUUCACAAGUAGGGCUGAUGAUGAUACUCGUUUAUGAAGUGCUUGACAUUGGUAGCGACACACUAAGGAAAUAUGCUGCCUUACAGUUUGAAUCCUCUUAAUACUUUGUAUGAAUAGACUGUAGAGCAGUCUGAGUAUUACACGGUACAGCUUUUCUUACUGUAGCUGGCAGACCACUGCUGCUUUAAUGACCUUUGAGGUAAUAUUCUUGAAGUGAUCAUGAGACAUAAAAAGAAGACACUCUACAUUUAAACAUAGACUAGGGAGAAGAAAACAGUAAGUGAUCGAACAGCAGGCCCGGAGAGCAGAUUAUUAUGAUUCACAUUUUGUUAUCAAACCUUCUCUGUAUAUAUGCAUAGUAGAACAGUGAAUAUGUUUGAAAUAUUAGACUAUGUGGACAGCCAUAACACAGCCAUAAAACUGUUGGACAUUUGCCUCUGGGAGCAGAAUCCUGUUUCCCAAAAUAAUAAAUAGAGCAGCAUUUACAAAAAUAGAGUCCUCCUAACAGUUCUUAAAUGGCAGGAGAAUUAUGCGAAUCUGAGACAGUGAGAGCUGGGAAAUCAGUGCUACAUCAUAUCUGCAGAGAGCACAUGGUUAGUUUCGGCCUUCCUUCAUUUGUUUACACACGGGCUAGUUUUUUUUAAACAAAAAUGAUUUCUUAUUUUAUAUACAGGUAAAUGAGAAACGUUGCAGCCUAACACCAGGAUCUGCUGUCUAAAAUGGACUUUACCACCGGGGUGGCCUCCAGUGUAGGUUGCGUUAUUAGCUACUGCAUGGUGCUGUCAAAACUGAUGUCUUAGAGACUGAAAUUAAAAGAGCACACAGUAAUAGCUGUGUAAAAUGGCUGGGUUCAAAAAUCCCACUGGGGACCCGACAAAACAGUUACUCUGUCUACUCCUUGAACCUGAAAAUUACGCUGGACACGAGAAUGAGACAUUAUGCAUAUACUUAGAUGGUUACUAUGGUGAUGAAGUACAUUACAUGUGCAAAAUGGUCUUGUGAGUCUACAGGCAGGGGGAGAGAGAGGAAGAGGAAGAGUUUGGGGCAUGUUUGCAGAGGCAUUUCUCAGUUAGGUUGGAACUGUUUGUUCCAUGUGAAAUGCUUCAUGUAUUUCCUGGCCAAUUGGGUUAUAGUUUUGAACCAGUCUGCCAUGGUUAUGGACCAGGAUUUGGACAAUGUCAGGUCAGUUUCAGACUUUGUAAAAGCCCAGUGUGAGAAUUCCAGUGAUAUCUGGUUUACAACUAAGCAGUAGUUAUGUGUCCCAUGUCAGGAAAACAAGUCAACUGUUCCCUUGUGGUUCAUCUUACUCCUAAAAUGUCACUGUAAAUGCCUUGGAGAUAUGAUAAUCCCUGUCACCUGGCUUUAGAAUUUGCACCAUACCGGAAACUGACGCUAAUUGUGAAGAAGCUGUAAAUAUGUGGAAUACUUUAAUGUACUUGGAUUUUUUGGGGGGAGGGAGGGAAGUUAAAAAUAGCCUUAUUCACCUUUUUAGUAAAAGAAAUACACAGCAGAGCAUGAUCUAAUUUUCCUUAAAGUAAAAUGUUUUGUGUAAAUAGAAGAUUUUUUUAAACAAAUUCUAAGGAGGAUGUUUUGUAUAAAAUUAAGAAUUUUUUGCAAUGUAUUUUUAGCUAUAGCUUGUUUUUGAGGCAGUGUCAUUCCCCUUUGCACUGUUAAAAUGGAGGUUAAAAAAAAUUGGUAACGUUGCCAAAUUGACCGCUGCAUAUUUGUGCCAUGAAUAUUUAUUUAAAUGUUUCUUUGUCCAGUUUGUAUACACAGUAUUAUGCUUGCUUUAUAAAUAUUGAAUGUUGCUUUCUUUUUUUUGUUUGCUCUCUCUAGUCAUGGUUUUUAGCUGGUUGGGUUUUCACGUUGCAGUUCAUGCCCUGCAGUACAAAAAAAACGAAAUGAAAAUCACAUUCCAUAAGUCUGUUACAAACUGAAAUUGUUCUUA